UUCCUCUCCAAAAUUUAAGAAAGAAUGAAAGGAAUUGGUCUGUUGAAUGAUCAUCUCCUCUCCUCCUCCUCCUCCUCCUCCUCCUCCUCCUCCUCCUCUUUCUAUUCUUAUAACCAGGAUUUCUUCACUGUCACUUCAGGAAAUUGGAGAUUGUGUGGAGCUCCCGUCACCUCUUGCAGGACAUUAGAGACACACACAUAUAGACAGACACACAGACAGACAUUGAAGCUCCGGAAAAUAUAUUGAUGCUGUUGUGUCUGUCUGUGUGUGUCGGCUGGUUUGGUUGGGCGUGUUGGUGAUGAAAGAAUGAAAAAAAAGCAAGAAAAGAAGAAGGGUAAUGUUUUAUUUUUUUUGUCUGUCUGUCUGUCUGAUUGAUUACUAAGCCAAUUUCUUUUUUGUACUGGAUUAUUGGUCAUCAUCUUCCUGAGAGAGAGAGAGAGAGAGAGAGAGAGAGAGAGAGUUGUCAUGGUAAUCUGGGUUGUCCAAUGAAAAUAAAUAUUGUCACUUCUUUUUCGCUCCUCGUUCCCAGAGAGAGAGAGAGAGAGAGAGAGAGAGAGAGAGAGAGAGACCUAUUGAUUGAAGUCUCGCAACACAACCACGAAUUGUGUGUGUGUGUGUGUGUGUGUGUGUGUGUGUGUGUGUGUGUGUGUGUGUGUGUCUUUAUAUAGUAACACUUCUCAAGUCUGAAGCAUCGGGCAGCCUCAAAUAACAGGCUCUUGUGUCACCUGCUGCUUUGUGUUGACUGCCGCACCACCUGUUCGGUUCCCGCCCGCCCUUCCUACACACACACACACACACACACACACACACACACACACACACACACACACACACACACACACACACACACACAACACACAUAACACACGCAUCUUGUCAUCAACCUCGUUAUCUUUUCUCAUAUUUCCUCCUCCUCCUCCUCCUCCUCCUCCUCCUCCUCCUCCUCCUCCUCCUCCUGCCGGGCACCAGAGGCACCAGUUGGUCUCCUGCAGCAGUUAAGCCUCUAUUGAUCCCUGUUCCUGGUGGAGGCAGGGUGAGCCUCGUCGGGUGACGGGUGACACUAGGGUGACACCUGGGUGACGGGGCGCGGCGGGGCUGGUGCCAUGAGCUGUUCUGGUGACGGGGUGGUUGGGCGGUAGGAGGGAGGAGGAGUUAGAGGGAAUACUAUUACGUUUUGUUGCGCGGGAGAUGAAAGGAUGGUUCUCCUGACGAAGUGACUCUGAGACUCCUCGGGAUUUGCUGUUGUUAGGGAUGUGCUUUCGUGUGUGUGUGUGUGUGCGUGAGUGUGUGCGAGCGUGCGCGUGCGUGCGCGGUGAGUGCGUGUGUGCGAGCGGCAGACUCGAGGAGCUCGGUGGUGCGUCGGCGUGCGGCGGGCGGAGGAUGCCUGGUUGCCGCGGCCCGAGAGGUGCCGCUGUCGCCUGGUCAGUGUUGGGGCGACGCUCCCCUGACGCGCCGCCUCCCUCUCGCCUUCCACCUUCUGUCCUAGUCUCUCCUGACGGAGCUGAUCUGUCCCACUCCCCCUCUCUCUACUCCUUCCCCACUCCACGCCUCUACCUCUGCUGCAUUUCAUCCUGCCACCGCCGCCGCCGCCGCCAGAGUCACCGCCACCUCGCCCUACUUUGUCACGCCCCAUGAGCCGCGCACCACCCGGGACCCAGUGAGGCGGUGGCGGGCGGCGUCACUCCCUUCGUCGCCUUGAUUGUCCCGCCACGUGGAGUGUGGGCGUCGUGUCCGUGUGUGUGUAUGUGUGUGUAUAUGUAUGUGUGUAUCGCGUGGACAUGGAAAGCGUGCCGAGGUGUGGCUGACUGACAGAGUGACGGGACGUGUGAGUGUGCAGUAUGAACAUAGUGAUGGAGGCCCCUGGAGGCAGGCAGCAGCAGCAGCAGCAGGGCUCUCAGGCGGCGCGGGUUCAGCGCCAGCACACAGCGGCAACCACUGCAAGGUGAUACCCAACUCACACCACCCCGCCCCGCUUCCCUGCUGCGACGGCCGACUCCUGCCCCGAUGCGGCCUGGCCGCUUCGUGCUCGUAACAUGUGAUGGUCUUCUGGUGGCUGGUGGUUGCCUGUAGCAGCUCCGGCGGGCGGCCGCCCCUGUGUCAUGGAAGUGGGGCGAAACGCCCCAGACUCCGGGUGCCCGCUCCCUGGAUGCCUGUGAGGAGCAACUCCCGCCGCCUGGGGGGGUCCCUCUACCGCUGGCUGGUGCUGCACCUCCUGCCCCGUCGCCGCCAGCAGGAGGUCGCUGCCCUCGCCGCAAAGCACGAUCAUCACCAACGGGGAUCGGCACCCCCUGGUGCGGGCCACUCCUGCCCCGGCAAGGAGCGGCAUCUGCCCUCCCGCAAUGGCAGGUCCACGAGUCCCCACGAGGGCGGGGCGCGCUGGAGGGCAGCCCAGGAGACCAAGGAAAAGGGCGAGCAGCAGCAUGAACAUGAAGGGCAGAGCGUAGCCCAGCACGUUUUCAGCACGCUGCGGAGCAGCGAGAUGCUGACCACGGAGAGUAGCAGCGCUCUGCCAGCAAUACAGACGGUCGAUGGCUCCCUCGGUGCCGCCAGCUGUGCCUUGUGCCGGAGGGACGCGGCGGGGGUGUCCCGUUCCCGCAUCCAGCUGGUGCAGGAGGCUCCUGCAGGCUGCCGGCUGGAAUCACCCGUGGGGCGUGGCGGGGCGGCGGGAAGCCCAGGCGCGGCUGGAAGGGCCCGUCGGGAGGAGGAUAGUGCCACCCAGGGUGCCAGUGGCCGGCGGACGUGCACCCAGGCCGGCUCCCUCCCUCAGGCUGAGCCCCACAAGAAGAGUCAACGCAAGGUGGACCGGGGCGCCUUCCCGCUGCUAAACGUGCGGGGACUAGAGCAGGGCGGCCAGGGUUCCGUGCAGUCCCUCGCCGCCCCGAGGUCGUGCAAACAUAUCAGUGUGGUGCGGCAGUGGGACUCGAUCUCGGUGCUGUACGGUGUGGAGUACCUGGCGGUGCGAAAGAAGGUGCAUGAGAGGCUGUUGUGCAUCUUGCGGGCCAGGCGCGAGCGUCGGCAGCGACGAGAGGCCAUGGAGGGCGUGGGAAGCGGCGCUGGCCGACCGCGGCGCCACUCCCAUAGGCGAAAACGUCGGAAGCGAAAAGGUAAAGGGAAGCAUGGCGGGAAGAAGGAAGGCAAGGCAAGGCGAGGACAGGAGGAGGUGGAGGUGGCAGUGGAGGGCGGCGUGGCGGCGGCCAAGGAGCGGAGAGUGGACAGUGGCCAGGCCGGCAGCGACGCCUUGCGAGCGGCGGAGACCUAUAGCAGGGAGUGCCGCGAGCUGGAGGACCUGGACCACGGUGACGAUGCCUGCCUGGACCAGGAGGCGGGUGCCGCAGAGGUAGGACCCAUCGCGGAGUACGGCGCCCCGAAGAAUGGAAAGGAAAGCACGGAAGUGUUUGAGUGCGUGCAGAAUGGCGUGGGUACGUGUGACAGGUCCCUAUCAGGCGGCAGUGGCGACUCCCACCCCAGCAAGUCUCUUUCCUACCACAAGGUGACCAGCAGCGAGAAAUCCUCGUCCCGGGCCUCCUCCAUCUUGCAGACCAGAGUCACUCCCCCCGUCAAGGACCUUUCGCCCUGUACUGCCGCUCCGAAACCCUCCCCUAACCUCCUCCCAUCAGCCACCUCGUCUUCCGGGUCCUCUUCCACCUCCUCCUCCACCUCAGCCUCCGCCACCACUUCCUCCGCCUCGUCCCUCACGGUCACCUCGGCCUCCGUCAAGUCAAGAGGUGGGCUGUCGGCGUCUUUUAAGACCGUCGCCUACACGUCUGACGAUGAGAGCGCCAGUGAGCGGCGGCGCUCCGCCCUCUACUGCUGCCCGUGCUUCGUCACCCUCAGGAGGAAGGCCAAGAAAUCCCGUCGAAGGUAAUGAGGACCGGGUAGCGGUGACGGAGGCGUGCUUCUGUGUGUGUGUGUGUGUGUGUGUGUGUGUGUGUGUGUGUGUGUGUGUGUGUGUGUGUGUGUGUGUGUGUGUGUGUGUGUGU